AGUUGAAUUGAAGUUGAAUACAAAACUUUUCAUCCUUACAUUAUGUAUGCUUUCCGCUUUUCUACAAACUACAUUCCCGUGCAGACUUCGACCUUGGUCUUCAUAAUGCGAAUGUGUUCGUGCCCUGCGUAGUCGCAUUCCAUCCCUUGACAGCUCAACAAUGUGGACCUACAUGAUGGCUGCCGCCCGCGGAGAUCGGGUUAACUCAAUGAUGUCCACCAGAAGACGCCCCGAAACCGAAUCCCCAAAAUACGGAUACAACCUCUCCUCCCGCCCCAUGUACCGCACCACCCGCUUCGUGGGACCCGCCUCCUCAGCGCCCGCCCAGUUGCAGCUGCCCCAUCAAUCGCACCACCAGCAGCCAGGGGCGUUGCCGGUCCCACCUCCACUCGAAGAGAUUAGCGGUGGCUUGCUCGCUCCGUUUGCGCCAACCGCAGCGAUUUCUGUCGAACAGGCAGCCAGCUCGAUUCCCUUGGGAGCGGAAACCGAUGAGCGCGUGGAGGUGCAUCAACUUCAUUAUCCACGCAGAAGUUUGCAAAGGAUCCAUAGCCAUGGAAAUCAGGUUGAGGUGGAUGACGACGAGGAUGAUGAUGAUUUCGGUGGGGCUAAUGGUGAGGACAGCCAAGAGGAAGUCAUUGCUCCGGCUGAUCUGCAGCAGCAUCGACACAAGCACCACCAGCUGCAGAACCAUCGCCACCAACGACAACAGCAGCCGCACCAGCAGCACUCCAGUGAUCCCAGCUACGUGGAAAACGGCAGAAAGCUGAUACAGACUUCGACCUUGGUCUUCAUAAUGCGAAUGUGUUCGUGCCCUGCGUAGUCGCAUUCCAUCCCUUGACAGCUCAACAAUGUGGACCUACAUGAUGGCUGCCG